AUGAAUGAAAGCGUUAUAUUAACUGUAAACAAUGUAGAAAUACAAAUAAAUAAAUAUUUCGCUGUUGCAAUUUCUCAAAUGAUUUACAAUACUUAUGUAUUAGAUAACAACACACUAAAGAUCGAUAUCAAAACGAAAGUAGAAUCACAAGAAACAUAUGAAGUGUUGAAAGAGAUAUUACAAUAUAAUAAAACAGAAUUUGAAUGCAAUGAUACAAUAUCGAAAGAUCUUUUCUACAUUGGAAAUAAACUCGGAAUACAAGAACUGAUUGAUCCAUAUAAAACACAUGUUAUUGACAAAAUGGUUCUUGACAAAAAUAACUGUAUUCAACUACUCGAGAUUUAUUUUGAUAUUUGUUCUGAGAGUAAAAUAUCAGAAUGUGUUGAUUUCAUUUCUUCUCAUUUCUACGAGAUUGAUCAAAAUGAUCUAAAAUCAAUUUCGAAGAAACUCUGA